AUGAUAAGCAAGGCUCUGCAGAUAAAAAUGAAUGGCCAGUGUUCAAAGAAGAGAAAAAUGGGCUUCGUUCUAAGGAAAAGCCUGGUGACCGAGAAGCUGAGGAAAAAGGAGAAUCCGAAAUUCCAGAUGAGACAGUGCUGGACAGGAGCUCAAAUAAAGAGCCGUGUGUUUAUAGAACUAACAGUGGUCAAUCCUACGAAAGACGAGGCCCGGGCACCGCCUGCGCCGUUUGAUCACCGCAUCGUGACAGCCAAGCAGGCCGCGGUCAAUGGCUUCUACACCGUGAGCAGAACUGAAAUCCUAGGAGGGGGGCGCUUUGGCCAGGUUCACAAGUGUGAGGAGAAAGCCACAGGUCUGAAGCUGGCGGCCAAGAUCAUCAAGACCAGAGGCAUGAAGGACAAGGAUGAAGUGAAGAACGAGAUCAACGUCAUGAACCAGCUGGACCACGUGAACCUCAUUCAGCUCUACGACGCCUUCGAGUCUAAGAACGACAUCGUCCUGGUCAUGGAGUAUGUGGACGGAGGGGAGCUCUUCGACCGCAUCGUUGAUGACAACUACAAUCUGACCGAGCUUGAUACCAUCCUGUUCAUCAGGCAGAUAUGUGAGGGGGUAAGGCACAUGCAUCAGAUGUACAUCCUCCACUUAGACCUGAAGCCUGAGAACAUCCUGUGUGUGAAUCGGGAUACUAAACAAAUAAAAAUUAUUGACUUUGGAUUGGCCAGAAGAUACAAACCCAGAGAGAAGCUGAAGGUGAACUUCGGAACGCCAGAAUUCCUCGCCCCUGAAGUUGUGAACUAUGAUUUUGUUUCCUUUUCCACGGACAUGUGGAGCGUGGGAGUCAUCGCUUACAUGCUACUCAGCGGUUUGUCCCCCUUCCUGGGAGAUAACGACGCCGAGACCCUGAACAACAUCCUGGCCUGCAGGUGGGAUCUGGAGGAUGAAGAAUUUCAGGACAUCUCGGAGGAGGCCCGGGGGUUCAUCUCCAAGCUUCUGAUCAAGGAGAAGAGCUGGAGAAUAAGCGCAAGUGAAGCUCUCAGGCACCCUUGGCUGUCGGAUCACAAGCUCCGCUCCAGGCUCAACGCACAGAAGAGGAAGAAUUGCUGCUCUGACGCCCAGGACCUGGUGGCCAAAUAG